AUGUUCCAACAAUACAGGCAGUCUCCUGCAGAAACGUCUCCUGUAGACGAUGUUGUUGCAAUUUGCCGAGAGAUUAGUUCCAAUAUUAUUUCAACUGAACGGAAUGUUUCUGUCGCAAAGAUGAUUAUUCAUAGACUUUUUCGCAACCCCCAUAUCGAUCUCUGUUCCAUUCUUCCUCCAUUGAUUCCACAGCAUUAUCAAGAUUCCCCAUAUGCUCACAUUCAAUCUCUUGUAAACGGAAACUCCUUGUUCUUCGAAACUGUUCUUGAGGACGAUCAAUUGUGUACGGACCUAUGGGACAGUAUUCUGAAUCAAUGUGAUGUUUCUGCUGCGCCAACUGAUCCAGCAAAGGAUUCAGUUUUGUUCUCGGCUGUUUCUCAAUACGUCACCAGAAUGUUGCCUUGUGACGAGUCAACUUCCACAUCCAUGUCAGUUCCACACCCGCCGAAAACAACGCAUCAAACUAUUCGAACACCACUUCAACUGUUCCGGGCAGAUUCUCCACUUGUCAAUCGAAUUAGUAUUGAAGAUCGCAGUCAAAUGAUGUCCGUGUCUAAUGUCAGUUUUCAACCUCGCCUGGUUCAGAACUUCUGCGGCUUCAUCACCAAGUCUUGUACAACUGCCCAGUUUACAAACGCCAACAAGUUGCUCUUGAUUCGAUUUCUUCUAAAACAGUUCCACGUCUUCUGUCAAUUUAACACCGGUGAUCCCGAAGUCGAUAACUGGAAACUAGAUCUGAUGACGUCUGCUCCAUUCAAAAUGCCACUCUUUGAUUUCUUCAAAAGCUCCAUCACACAAGUACCAACCAGUACUGUCUUCCGAGACAUUAUUAUGUGCUGGCUGACUUAUGCCCGUCCAUGGCGCUAUCAUAAUAUGUCUGAUCCAUCUGACUUCCCACCUGCUGCUAAAUACAGACAAUUCUUUGAGCAGAACGUCGAGUUUUAUGAAAUAAUUCUUGGGAAGGUCAUCAAAAGGUUCUCGGCAUUCGAAAUUGGCGAAGAACUGAUUCCAUCCUUGCGGGCUGUAGUCGAAUUUUCCUGGAAAGAACCCCAAACUCUACUGCUCCGUCAUAUUCAGCUGGACAUUCAGCCACAUUGCCUCGAGCUAUUAGAACAUAUGCAAGUCGUUGUUAGAUUGAACAUGGCUACAAUUCGACAGGAACAGGAAGCACAUUCUGGCUUCUGGAAUAUGUUGUUUCAUAGUGGGGAAUCCAUGAAAGUCCAAUCAUGCCAACGGAUUUGUAAUGACCUCUUAGCACUCAUGAAGGACAGCGAUUCGUAUGUUGGAACUCAUUUGGUGCAGGAAAUGGAUGUGACUGAUGUACCCGGCACAUCAAAUCAAGCAUUCAAUGGAUCCACAGAAAAAUGCACAUCUCUUCUCAAUGAGACUCCGAAAUCUGGCCUUGGGAUUCCUGAUCAUUUCAUCGACGCUCCAUCGAAUCAUAUGCUUCUCACUCCAAUUGGGCAACGACAAGUUUUGAAUCGCGAAAGACGUUUCGAUUUCUCGAAAUGUGCCAAAGACGAUCCUAAAGGACCGAUUAGAAGUUACGAACUCGGCCUCGCUGUUCGAUUCACAACGGCUUUAGCUCAGAAACUCAAUGAGUUUUCUCUCGUGAAAAGUAUCGGAUCACACUACUCGGAGCGAACUUUGAUCGGAUCAAUUGUGCGCAAAGUUAUGUACCCACCAGUCCCAAAUCUUGAUCCGAAUGCAACGGUUCCAGCCUAUUCAGCUAGGAUUGUAAGGUCUCCUCCUUUACUCCGUCUCAGGGUUCGUGGACCGUUUACAUGUAUAUUCAUUGAAAUCAAGAUUUUUCAGUACUUUGCCAGCUAUCAGUCCAUUUUCCUCAUCAUCUGGUUUAUGAUGGCUAUGAAUUACGGAUUCGUCUUCGCGCUGGUUUCAAUAAUCCUUAUCGCUCUGUUCAUCACUACAGUUUGCCUCGUAGAACUUGAUUCUGUGUCUUAA